CAGGUUUUAUAUUAGCAAUAUUAACAAAGAUGCUCCUAGUUCUAAUAUUUUAUAAAAACAAAGCAUCUUGAUUCUAUAACAUUGUCUUCGUACUCUUUUAUAUAGCAUUAUUAUAAGUGCUUGUUAUAUAUCUAGGUGAACCAUAGCUCAAGAACUUGUUAUAUGGUUUUUCUUCAUCGCCAUUGUUAAGAGAAAGGGAAACAAUUAAACAAGAGAUGUGGAAUCUAUCAAGGGAAGAACUAGUAUUUGUAGUACAAAACUAUUAUGACAUAAUCUUGGUCUUGUUUCUCUCUAUAGGAUUAACAUAUUUAGCUUCAAGAGCUUGGAAACGAGCUACAAACAAUAGAGAAGAUAUCCCUGGCCGGCUUGGAUUACCAUUUAUUGGGGAAACUUUUUCUUUGCUUUCAGCCACUAAUAGUACAAGAGGAUGCUAUGAUUUUGUCAGACUAAGACGGUUGUGGCAUGGAAGAUGGUUCAAGACACGACUAUUUGGCAAGGUUCACAUAUAUAUUCCUACUCCUGAAGGUGCAAGGACAAUAUUUGCUAAUGACUUUGAUCUAUUCAACAAGGGUUAUGUAAAAUCAAUGGCAGAUGCCGUGGGUAAGAAAAGCUUAUUAUGUGUACCAGUUGAGAGCCACAAAAGAAUAAGGCGUCUUCUAUCUGAACCAUUCUCCAUGACCUCUCUCUAUGCAUUUAUCACAAAAUUUGAUAAAUUGUUGUGUGGAAGGCUGCAAAAGCUAGAAGAAAGUGGGAAAAGUUUCAAAACGUUGGACUUCUGCAUGGAGAUGACAUUUGAUGCAAUGUGUGGUAUGCUGAUGAGCAUCACAGAGGAUUCAUUACUGCGACAGAUCGAAAAAGACUGCACUGCAGUCUCUAAUGCCAUGUUGUCCUUUCCGGUCAUGAUUCCAGGCACCAGAUACUAUAAAGGCAUCACGGCUCGUAACAGGCUCAUGGAAACCUUCAGAGAGAUCAUUGCCAGACGUAGGAGGGGAGAAGAGUCUCCAGGGGACUUCCUGCAGUCCAUGUUGCAGAGAGACUCAUUUCCAGCCAGUGAAAAGCUUGAUGACUCGGAGAUUAUGGAUAAUCUUCUGACAUUGAUAAUUGCUGGACAGACUACUACAGCAGCAGCAAUGAUGUGGAGUGUAAAAUUUCUAAAUGACAACAGGGACGCACAGGAUAUACUCAGGGAAGAACAAUUGUCUUUAACCAAAAUGAAGCCAGAAGGAGCUUCACUUAAUCAUGAAGAUAUCAACAACAUGCGUUAUGGUUUGAAGGUAGUUAAGGAAACGCUGAGAAUGUCCAAUGUCCUAUUAUGGUUUCCUCGUGUUGCACUUAAAGACUGUACAAUUGAAGGGUAUGAAAUAAAGAAAGGUUGGCACGUUAACAUCGAUGCAACUUGUAUACAUUAUGACUCGGAUCUUUUCAUGGAUCCAUUGAAAUUUAACCCACAAAGAUUUGAUGAAAUGCAAAAGCCAUACAGUUUCCUACCUUUUGGAUCAGGACCUAGGACUUGCCUUGGGAUGAAUAUGGCAAAAGUGACAAUGUUGGUCUUUUUACACAGACUAACUAGUGGUUACACGUGGACCCUUGAUGAUUUAGAUGCUUGCUUAGAAAAGAAGGCACACAUACCUAGACUAAGGAGUGGCUGUCCAAUUACAUUGAAGUCCAUAAGCAAGAGUAUGCCAGAGACAUAAACGGCCUAAGAAUGAUGCAGCAGACAACUGUGUAUAUGAAUAUCUGCAGGUCUGUGGGAUUUGAGGCGAAGAGCAUAACAGGAAAUAAAUCUGCUCAAGAAUUAUUAUUAAUGCAUUAAUCAAACUUCUCCACUACUUCCAAGAACUGAUAUUCCUAAUCUAUAAAGAUUGUAUACUAUAUAUUAAAUAUACUUCAUAUAUAAUAUUAAUUGAGCACAACUUAAGUUGCAACUUGCAAGUUA